AUGUCGAAGCGGAAACGCACUGAAUUUGAAGAGGCAAAUCUUUCCAACUCGGAGGAUGGGAGGCUGGGGGUCCAAAUUGCCCGCUUGGAACAGAAAAUUGAGCAUGGCUCUCAGCUAAUCCAUCGAGCUCUUAAAACUGCCCGCGGCUUCGAACGCCAGAAGCUUGGACGGCGCCAGAAAACUGCAAAACAGAAGAAUGAAACGGCUCAACUAUCGCGAAUCAGCGAGGAAAUUCAAGCUCUAAAGUGCCUGGAUUUAACAGUUACUGCGGAACGGCAAUUACUCAAACAUCUUGUGAAGACGAAACGAAUUGCGGAAUCUCCAGCGUUUGCGAAGCUAUCGGAAAAAAGACCACUACCUGAAGGCCCAAAGAAUGGACCAAAAGCUAAUGUUAUAGCACGUUUAUUCAAGUCAAAUCCAGUAAGAGAUGUGUUUCCGGGGAUAAUAGACGGCAUACGUGGAAUUUUAGGUAUUGUGGAGGGGAUCCCUGCUGAAAUGAUGAAAGACCAUGAGAACACCACCAACCGGAAAUCCAAACUGUCGGAUGAGGUUAGGGCAGAGUUGAACUCUGGGGAACACCAGGACUUUGAGGGGGAUCUGGAAAUGGAUGAUGCAGACUUGGAUCAACCAAAUGCGCGAUUGGCGUCUUCUUCAGAAUCAGGAUCAGGCGAUGAGGGCAGUGAGGCACGACCACAAGGAAACACUGCUAGGUAUGAUCCAGCAGCAGAUUUGUCCCUUUCAUCGGCGUCCUCGGUGGCAUCAGCAGACUCUAUACCGGCAACCAAACUCAACAGUUCGAAGUUUAUCAACAAAACCCCCGAAACAACGUUUCUCCCAUCCCUGACAAUGGGCGGCUACUGGUCUGGGUCAGAGUCCGCCGAUGAGGACGCAGCCGCAGCUGCAGCCGCAAUCCAACCGAGGAAAAAUAGGAUGGGUCAACAGGCCAGACGAAAGCUAUGGGAGAAGAAAUUCGGCUCAGGUGCUAACCACCUUAAGAAAAUGUCGCAGGAGAAAGAUAUGUCACGAGAUAGUGGCUGGGACAUGAGGAAAGGAGCUACAUCUCGUGAUGCUAUGAGAGGGAAGCGUGGCAGAGGCGGAGGUUUUCCGACAGCCAUGUCUUUCCGAAAACCAAAAGAUAAACAGGUUGAACAAGUUCCGGAAGGGAAUAUUGGGCGCCCCAAAGCUCCCCAAACAUCUGAGCAAAAACCACUGCAUCCUUCCUGGGAAGCGGCAAAGAAGGCCAAGGAACAGAAGAGCCAAACCGCCUUCCAAGGGAAGAAGAUUGUAUUCGACUGA